AUGAGUCGGGUGCAAUGGCCAGACGAUUGGUACCGAUGGCCCGCAAGAGGUCAUAGCCAACGUGGCGAGGGUGGUCGUUGGGCCCGCCCCGUGGGUCGCGUAUGGCUUGGGCGAAGCGACCGACACCCCGGACACUGGUGGAAGGAUGAGGCCCCCCUGAACGUCGCAGCCGGCGUGGGCGCGUCCUUCCAUGAUCGAUGGCGUGGGGCAAAUCAUGUGGAGCAGAUCGUGGCACCCGCGAUCUCGCAAAUUCCAUCUCCGCAGUUUAGAGGUCAAGCUGUGACCACAAAGAAACCAACUUUGAGUCUGGCGGGAGGUUUGGCAGGAUGGCCUCAGAGUGGUGGACAUUGUCUGCUGCACGAUGUCUGGUCCUGGAACUUUCAAUACGAGUGGGAGGCGUUUAUGUCCAUCUUGUCCGAGAAAGCCCAUCCAGAACGACCCGUCAUGGUGGCGUUAGAUACGGAGUUUCCGGGCUUUCUGCUCGAAGAUCAUCCCUUUGCGCCCAGAUCGGCCCGUUACACUGCUUUGCGCGAAAAUGUGGACUAUCUGUGGCCCAUCCAAUUUGGUUUAGCAGUGGCUGAUUCCGACGGAGCCCCGUUGGGCGCCUGGACCUUCAAUCUUUCCUUCAACUUAGCCACAAGUCUCUACUCUGAGGACAGCGUGAGGUUCCUCCAAGCCGCCGGUGUCGAUUUCCCCAGACAUGCCGUGGAGGGCAUCGAGCCAUCCACCCUGGCCUGGAAGUUGUCUCGGUCGCCUCUGGUGGGGAUGCAUCGCAACAGCCCUGAGUGGGUCACCUUCUCGGGCUGGUAUGAUUGGGGCUACCUCCUGAAGCUGGUGACAGGCAACCCGAUGCCGUACGACAUCAAUGCCUUUGAUGAGUUGCUGUCCACCUUGUGUCCCACACGUAAAGAGCUGCGGGAUCUCUUGCCACGGGGGUCGUUGGAUGCUCUGCUGGGCUCGCACGGACUGAGACGCCUCGGCCCGGCACAUACCGCCGGAAGCGAUGCCCUUGCCACGCUGGAACUCUUUUUGCACGUGCGGAUGAACGGGACGAACGAAGAAGCUGCCAAGGCCUUGACAUUGGCCGACGGUAAAGCCUUGAUCGACCCCGUAGCGCCGAGCGACGACAUAGCAGAUGCGGAGAACUCGGGGACAAGCACCGCCACAGGUACAACUGAUGAUGCUCAAGCGUCCUCAAGGGAUGUGAGCGCUGAUGUUGAAAAUGAGCCCUGCGUAAGUGAAGCGGGGAGUCAUAGCGGUAGUGAACCAUGGAAGCAGAUCUCCGACGAAGAACCUGAACUGUGGGAGGUCCCCCACCGGCACCAUCAUCGCUUGGAACUCCGGGGGCUCAGACGCGUGAGGCAUCGACAUCGUGGACCUCGCCAUAGAUACGUGGACGACGGCCCACCCUUUCCGGUCCCUCACCGCUGGCACUUCGACUCCACCGUCACGGAGCGCUCGCGUCCACUGUCUGAGAGAAUCCUGGAGUUCAUUGACAUUGACAACGAAGUUUGGGAGCCCGUUCUUAAGGUCUUUCACGCGACUGGUUACACGAGCCUUUUCUUCAUCAUAGCGAUUUUCACCUUGACGGUCUUCAGUGCACUGUACUUAUUGCUGUGA